AUGGCAACAGCAAACGUUAGAGUACAAUGUUCUAUCUGUAAUAAAGGAAACACGACAUAUAUUUGUCGUGGAUGUUCAAAUGAUUUUUGUUUUCAACAUUUAACAGAACAUCGACAAAUUCCUAAUAGACAAUUAGAUGAAAUUAUCAACGAUCACGAUCAAUUUCAACAAACAAUUAUUCAACAAAAACAAAAUUCUUCUUUAAUUCAACAAAUUAAUCAAUGGGAAGCAAAUUCUAUUCUUCAAAUUCAACAAACAGCAAAAGAAUGUCGAGAAACAACGAUGAAAUUAACACAAAAGUCAAUCGAUAAUAUUGAAAAAAAGUUUACUGAAUUAUCUCAGAAAUUAAAAGAAAUUCGUCAAGAAAAUGAAUUUAAUGAAAUUGAUUUAAAUCAUUUCCAAUUAAAAUUAAAACAUAUUACAGAAGAACUUCUCAAAAAAAUUCAAACAAAAAAGAUUAAAUUUCAACAAUUUGCAACUACUGUUGCUGGAGGAAAUGGUGAAGGACAGAAAUUGAAUCAGCUCGAUGGUCCUCAAGGGAUCUUUAUUGAGAAUGAUAAAUCAAUUUAUAUUGCUGAUACUGAAAAUCAUCGUAUUGUUAAGUGGAAAUCGAAUUCAAAUACUGGUCAAAUCAUUGCAAGUGGAAAUGGAAAAGGAAAUCAAAAUUAUCAAUUGAAUGAUCCAAUUGAUUUAAUUUUCGAUAAAAACAAUAAUUCUUUUAUUGUUUCUGAUGCUGGAAACGGCCGAGUAAUUCGAUAUUUUGAUCAAAAUCAACACAUUAUCAUUUCAAAUAUUGUUUGUUAUGGUCUGACAAUUGACAAAAAUGGAUUUAUCUAUGUUUCUGAUUUGAUGAAUAAUGAAGUAAGACGAUGGAAACAAGGAGAUAUAAAAGGUGAACUAGUUGCAGGUGGAAAUGGUCAAGGAAAUAGUCUUAAACAAUUAUCUUUUCCUCGAGGAGUGAUUGUUGAUCAUUUAGGUCAAAUCUAUGUGGCCGAUCGUGUGAAUAAUCGAGUAAUGCGUUGGUGUGAAGAAGAUGCAGAAGGUAAAAUUCUUGUUAGUGGAAAUGGUGAAGGGAAUGAAUCAAGUCAAUUGUAUGGUCCCACAGGUUUAUCAUUUGAUAAUGAAGAAAAUCUUUAUGCUGCCGACGAAUAUAAUCAGCGAAUCCAGAAAUAUGAAAAACUUUGA